CACAUACACACACACACACACACACCAAUCACUUCGUUUGACAAGCCAGGUUCAUCUUUGAAGCCAUAUUAUUAUGUUCUUUUCGUGAAAAUAAUAAGCAUCAUCUGGAUACACCAUGGAAUCAAAACUACAAAAUGCACGCUUAGUAAAUUAAUUUUCGUUACGAUUACUUUGGUUAUUUUGGAGGUGAUCCAUGUGAGGGAGAGUUGGGUGUCUGACGUCAGAAGCUGCGGAGAUUCUACACUACAGACUAUCUUCGCCACCAACAAAUAUUGGUCUGGUAAACGAGACAAGUAGCUCCUUUGAAAAGUUAGCUAAAACAAUAUUAAAGACGCAAAACGUCGAAGGGGCAAUGAAUCAUAACAGGUCCGGAAACUUCAACGUCAGUCCUCCUCUCAACAGCAGCUCCGGUUCCGUGGACGAGCUUGUAAUCACAUCGACUUUUGGGACAUUGCUGUCGCUAGUGUACAUAGUUGGAGUGUCCGGGAAUGUAUAUACGCUGGUGGUGAUGUGUCAUUCUAUCCGGUUCGCUACUUCCAUGUACAUCUCUAUCAUUAACCUUGCGCUGGCAGAUCUGCUUUACCUCUCCACUAUCCCAUUCGUGGUAUGCACCUAUUUCCUCAAGGACUGGUACUUCGGAGACGUGGGCUGCCGUAUUCUGCUGAGUCUCGACCUGCUGACCAUGCACGCGAGCAUCUUUACACUAACGGUAAUGUGUACGGAGCGCUACCUAGCAGUUACAAAGCCUUUGGAUACCGUUAAGCGCUCCAAAAGCUACCGCAAAGCCAUGGCCGGAGGCGUUUGGAUGCUGUCAUUGGUUCUUACUAUUCCUAUGAUGACUAUGGUCAACCAGACCACCAAACAGUCGGACGGCGGCGUGAAAAGGAUGUGUGCGCCCACCUGGGGCACUGAGGCGUAUAAGAUUUACCUGAGUAUCCUUUUCAGCACAAGUAUUAUGGCGCCUGGGAUAAUAAUUGGGUACCUGUACACUAAAUUAGCCCGCACUUACCUAGAGUCUCAGAGGAAUUCGGCCACCAACAAAGGGAAUAAGCGCUCUCCAAAGCAGAAAGUACUUAUCAUGAUAUUCACCAUCGUGCUGGUGUUCUGGGCGUGCUUUCUUCCCUUCUGGAUUUGGCAGCUUCUUCCCCUGUAUCACAAACCCCUGAGUCUGGCCUCUCACACCCAUACCUGCAUUAACUACCUGGUGGCCUGUCUCACGUACAGCAACAGCUGUAUCAACCCUUUUCUUUACACGCUGCUCACGAAAAACUACAGGGAGUACCUUAAAAAUCGCCACCGGAGUUUCUACCGCUACACGUCAUCUUUUAAAAAGCGUCCCCCCAGUUUGUACUCGUUAGGAAAGUCAGCCUCCUCCAGUAACCAGUUCGACUUCAACUCCGAGACGUUGGUAAUGGGACCACUUAAGGGGCCCCUGUGAUCCGUCAAAAGCGAGACUGCUGGAUGGAGUCGGUUCGGAGUCCUCCCAGCCAGCAGGGGACAGUGCGACCGAUAGCACACCUAUGGCAGGGCUGGGUCAGCGAUGGCAUGGGCUGGGUCGCACGUGAAGGAAACAGUGAUGGCAAAGCGUGUGCCCCACCCAACUUUUUCAACGCGGUGGAGGUUCUCUGAUCCAGACGAGAAGAAAGACACUCGACCUGGAGGACAAGAAAGGAUUUGGGUCAGAUACUGUACAGAGGAGAGAAACAAACAAAAAGAGAAAUUCAGGGAUGAAGGGAAUGGAAACUGGGCCAAAAGGCAGCUCGGAGCUAUGAAACAGACAGAGAAGCACAGAAACAUCUCAAAUGGCCAAAAGUACAGUACCCACAAUGCCAGUCUGACAAGUAACACCACUCAGCUCUGUUCCAAAACCAAAUGAUUCAGUUUAACCACAGCAGCACACUAUAAUCUGACACACAUGGCUUUAUUCUGACAGCUAGCAAAAAUGUAUAAGUGGGAGUAGAAGUAGGAGUAUGUAUCCAAUGGUAAUGAUUAAAUGCAAACUUAAAAUUAGCAAUUAUAUUUAUUCCCAGUAACAUAAAUAUGUAUGUAUUCAAAACAUGGUUCCACAGAUUAAAUAAAUGUGAUUUGAAUUUUUUAAGGGGAUUAACUUUCAUCAAAUAAAAUGUUAAUUUGAUCAACCAGCAAUUAAUGUCAUAGCAUUUCAUUCUAUAUGUUGCCUAUGUGUCUUAAAUUAGAUAAAACAUCCCUCUCAGCUAAAACUGGUCAAUUUAGGUAAAUUCUUGAAUAUAAUGUUUGAUUUUACAUUAAAUUAAACCUCCUCUUGAAAGUGUGCUAUAACAAUAAUUUUAAAAAUUCAUUGAUGAAAGCCACUCAAAAUGAAUAUUCCUGUAAAACAGGAACACUUACAGAUUUAUAUUCAUUAGGAUGUAAAAUACUACAGAAGGUUUCAGCAGACUAUGCGCAAAGCUCAGUCAAAAUGUGACCAUUCCAACCAACAAUCUAAAAUAUAUAAUGCCUAAAGGGCAGUUGAGAGAGUGUAUUGAGCGCACAGCUAAAAAAGGAAAAAUCAGUCCAUUGUUGCAAUGCAGGCAAAGACUAGGCCAGCCACAGACAACAACUUGGAAUUAACAUGAACGUAGAAAUAGUGUUUAAGCAGAAACCACCAAAAUCAUUUGUCAAUGAAACCUCGCUAAGUGUGCAUAAGACCAUAUUGCACGUGAGCCCUUUGUGAUGCAGGUGCGUGACUCAUGUAAUAAAUUUAAUAAAUUGCAUAAUUCAAAACAGAGGGCUCCAUUUUACAGCUGGCGGUGUGUCAGUCAAGAUCAAGACACGGACUGCAAUUUUGGUGUAGCCCAUUGCAAUUUUCCGGUCCGUCUUACAUAAUGGAUCAGCAUUUUUUUGUAAAACUUAGGUUCUCCAUAAUACAGUGUAAUCAUGUUUUGUAUUGUUGGAAAGCCAUUAUCACGGAGAACCAGUUGGUGUCUCAGCUACAAAGGUUAACCCAGUGUGAUAUGCUUACAGAUAUAGUGCAAGCAGGAUUCAUUGUUGUACAAUUUUUUCAUGAUUGCCUUUAUUUAAUGGCUUGGGGUUUUUUCCUUAAGGAGAGAAAUGUAAUGUUUCAGGGAGACUCGUCAACACAGUCUCCUACUCAAGGCAUCACAUGCAUAUAGCCAUUUCACCACUCACAUUUUGCACCAUUGAAUAUUGUCAUUAUUACUGAACACACUGAAAAAUAAACUGCAUUCAUUUCGACCUGGCAUUGCUCGUUGACUCUUAACACUACACACCUAGCAGUUAAAGGUCCAAAUAUGCACAAAGAACUCAGGAUAUCUGCAUCCCAUAGUCACAUGCCUAUACACUAGUGUCGUAGCAAAAUACACAAUUGUAUUUUUACUGGCUACACUUAGCGAUCCGUAAGGAGCCAUACUACUGGCGGACAGCAGUCUCCUCUGUCUAUGCAUAAGGGUUAGCACAGAGGAAAGGUUAAAACAUUAUUUUUGAAUCAGAUAAUCAAGAUAACAUUAAAUUAAUCCCGGUUCAUCAGCACCGAGUGAGACGACACGUGUCCUUUCGCCCCUCACAUAAUUUUGUUUGGUCUGCGGAGAGGUUUCUUACGGUUGGUGAACUCGAUGCGCUGUUUGGAAUAUCUGAGGGGCUUCUUACAUUACCACUCAUGGUCAAGAAAAUAUUUUGAAUAGGAGAGAACCGGCAGAAUUGUAAUAAUUUUCACUUUUUACUGAACAUUUACUGUGAAAUUUCACCACAAAGAGUCAGAUACUUGUCGGCUGCAAUAAGUCACAUUAAGUUUGACGUGAUCACAAACACUUUGUGUACAAUUUAAACAAACAUUAACGUAGUCCAAUGUUACAACUGUGAAGUAUGUGCAGGACAGUUACAGUAACAGAAGUGCGAGACUGUUGUAACCACUAAAAAUAACUGCAUAAAUCAUUAGUAUCUGCAAUAUUUACAGGACUAAACACUGUUGGUUCAAAGGGCAUACUGUGCAUGGAUUUUUUUAGCCAGCAACAAAUUAGGAAGGUUGCAGGAUUGGAUGAGUUGUGGUUUUGUCAUGUUUUAAAUGUACAUUAUAUUACAGGCAUUUAGCAGACGCUCUUAUCCAGAGCAACUUACACAUUUCUUACACAGCAUUUAAAUUGCAUCCACAGCUGGAUGUAUACUGAAGCAAUGCAGGUUAAGUACCUUGCUCAAGGGUACAAUGGAAGUGUCCCACUUGGGGAUCGAAGAUGUGACAUUUAGGUAACAAGACCAGCUCCUUACCCAUUGUACUAUACAAAUGUACCUAUUUAUGUAGUGAAGUCGAUAGAGCGAAGAGUGAAGAGUAAAGAAACCCUUUUCAGCCAAUCUUGAAGACUUUACUUCAUUUGUUGGCUGGUUACUAAUUAUGUGAGGCUGAAACCAGGUUUUUACAUCUUCUAUACCCUUCUAAGCAAUACUCUCAAACCAAUGCUGAUUUGGAACCAGGAGAUAAAUGAUUGAAAUAAGUGUAUUUAAAACAUGAAGAAACUCAUCCAAUUCCACUCAGUUCAGUUAAGCCAUGCUAUGGUUGUGAAAUAAUGAUGGACUUGUAAGUUUGUUGUAAGUUUUCUUUCUUUUGUUUGAGCAACACUGAGUCAUUUUGCUGCUGUGACUAUGAUCAGUGGCAUUGUGUGAUCUUCCCUGGUUUUAUUUUGUUUAAUAAAACUUCAAGAUAC